CACUCCUUUUUCAAGAAUCAUAACACAUACUCCCUCCGUCCGGAAAAGAAGUUUACGUUUCUCUUUUUUCUCCGUCCGAAAAUAAAGUUUACAUUUCUAAUUUUAAUCCACACUCUUCCAAAAAUACCCUUCUCUACUUUUCUUUCUUUCUUUCUCUUCUUUUUUCCUUACUUUUUUUCCCUUAUUUCUCCUUCCUCUUCUCCGCCACUCUUUUCUCUUCCGUCUUCCCAUCCUUGUUCUUAUCUCUUUAUCCUCUUCUCUCUUUUCAUUCAUUUGCUUCUCCUCCCCGCAAGUCUUUUUUCCUUUUCUUCUUUUCUCCUUUUUCUUUGUGUAGAUCUGACUUCUUUCUCAUCUUCCUUUUCUAUCUUUCUUCUAGAUCUAAACAGAUCUGCAAUCACAUCGAUGGGAGAUGGCGGUGAUUAAGGUGGUAGCGGUGAUGGGGGCUGGCGAAGAUGGGGGAUUGGCAGCAGAGAUGGCGGCGAUUUGCUCGUGCUAGUGCUUCCAGAAAUUCUUUGAUUUCUUGCCAUAUGAGAUUGAAUGCCAUAACUAUUAUUUUUGUAUUUUACUUUUUAUUGGUGCUCUUGGGAAAUAUGCACAUAUAUGAUCGUGGUGGGGAAAUCUGCAAAGGGAGGCUGAUGAUUGUGGUGGGGGAUGGCCGCGAAGGGAGGUUGCCGGAGACGGGGGCUAGCGGCAAGCCGGCAAUGGGGGUGGCAGAAAUCGGCAGUGUGGUAAAACUAAAGGUGGGAAGGGUAUUUUGGACUAAUUCACUCCAUAGUCAACCUCCCUUAAAAAUGACCAAAAGUCAAAACGUAAACUUUAAUACCAGACGGAGGGAGUACUUCAUUCGUUUUGUAAAACUUUUCAACUUUCACAUCUUGCUUCUCUCAUAAAAUAUUUUAAUUUGAACUAAACGGACACAAUUACAUUUACUUUUCUUAGAUUUAAUCGAACAUGUCUCGACAACUUUUUACACCAUAUCUAUUGUGACAUUUUCCGAGUCAUAAUCUUUUCAAUUUCACACCCAACCACUUAUGGAACGCCACAUUUCAUUACAGCGAUGAGACAUGGUCUUAUACUCUUAUCAACGAACCAAAAAACUAAGGCACAAUCAAAGUCAAAACCGGUGUACAAUCAAAAGUCCACACGCAACAAAAAGGAAAUGAAAGCGAAGCGAUUCGUGCCCCCGAAUUGCUAAAUCACUGACGAGUCAUAAUUGGGCAACUCUCUCUGACGACUUGCAAGCGUGCAGAGCAUGGUUGCAUGCAUUUCCUCCACAUUCUUCUUCUUCUUCCUCCUCCUCCUCCUCCUCCCGCACUUGUUCCCUCUUCUUCCCUUUCGCCAGAUCUCGUGCGCAAAGACUGACACCGUAACCGCAACUCUGUCCCUGAGAGAUGGAGAUGGAGAGACCGCCAUUGUUUCCUCCAAUGGAACCUUCGAGCUCGGAUUCUUCAGUCCAGGCCAGUCCCGGAACCGGUACGUCGGGAUAUGGUACAAUAGCGUGUCUCCUAGAACAGUUGUGUGGGUUGCCAAUCGCCAGAUCCCUCUCAACGCUACAUCUGGAGUCUUCAGAAUCGUCAAACCCGGAUCCCUUGUUCUUCUGGACGGAGCAUCAAAUCGCACCGUUUGGUCGAUUAAUUCCUCCAGAUCUACCCGGAAUCCCGUCGCGCAGCUUCUGGACUCCGGGAAUCUGGUGUUCAGGGAUGGCGAUGGAGAGGCGGAUUUUCUAUGGCAGAGCUUUGAUUACCCGACUGAUACCUACUUGCCUGGGAUGAAUAUAGGGCGGAACUUGUUAACCGCGCACGACAUAUAUCUCACAUCUUGGAAGAGCAGCGAGGAUCCAGGUACAGGGGAUUAUACAUAUUCCAUGAGUUUGGAUGGGUAUCCUCAGAAUUUCAUUAUGAAGGGUUCAGUUGUGAUGUAUAGAUCUGGCCCGUGGACUGGAUCACAGUUUAGCGGCUCACCCAACUCAAGAAAGAGUCCUUUCUAUGAAAUUGGGUUUGUUUUUAACCAGACAGAAGCGUACUUCACUAACCAGCUGCUGGAUUCGGUUCUAACACGGGCUACAUUGAACCCGAACGGAGUGCUGGAGCGCACAAUAUGGGUUCCUCGGACUCGGGGUUGGACCAUUUACCUCACUGUACCCACAGACACAUGUGAUACAUACAAGCUUUGUGGCGCGAACGGGCAAUGCAGCAUUCAGAGCUCUCCUUUGUGUGGAUGUCUUGACAGGUUUGUGCCAAAGAAGCCAAGUGAUUGGGUCAAGGGAGAUUGGUCCGGCGGUUGUGUAAGGAGGAUGCGUCUGAGUUGCAAUGGAGAUGGGUUUCUGAAGUACUCUGGCAUCAAAUUGCCAGACACGAAAAAUGUUUGGUUCAAUCAGACGAUGACACUCCAAGAGUGCAAUGCACGCUGCUUAAAGAAUUGCACUUGUAUGGCUUACUCAAACUUAGAGGUACGAAAUGGGUGCUUCAUGUGGUUUGGUGAUCUGCUCGACAUUAGAUUAGCUGCAAAAGAAGGGCAAGACAUAUAUAUCAGGCUUGCAGCUCCGGAGUUAGUGGCUGGAGUACUUAUGCUGACUCUGGUUAUUGUGGCGUCCUAUAUAAGAUGGAGGAAACAUUCAGAGCCGAAACAUGAAGUAAGGCGAAUGCAUAACAACGAAAGCAACAAUGAUGAGUUUGAGCUACCCCUGUUCGACUUUUCCACACUGAUUAAGGCUACUGACAGUUUUUCUGCAAAGAGCAAGAUCGGAGAGGGUGGAUAUGGGCCUGUUCACAAGGGCAUGCUAGAUAAUGGACAUGAAAUAGCUGUGAAGCGGCUUUCGAAAACUUCUACUCAAGGACAUGGUGAGUUCAAGAAUGAAGUACUAUGCAUUGCUAAACUCCAACAUCGGAAUCUAGUAAGGAUGCUUGGAUGCUGCAUUGAGGGAGAUGAUAAACUGUUGGUCUAUGAAUUCAUGCCAAAUGGAAGUCUUGACACAUUCAUAUUUGAUGAAGCACAAAGUAGACAUCUAGAUUGGCCAAAGCGCUUCCAAAUCAUCAAUGGGGUUGCUCGAGGACUUACAUAUCUACAUCACGAUUCACGGCUAAGGAUCAUUCAUAGAGAUCUAAAAGCCAGCAACAUUCUGUUGGAUUCUAACAUGGAACCAAAGAUAUCAGAUUUUGGAAUAGCGAGAUCUUUUGGAGGGAACGAGAUAGAAGCCAAGACAAACAUAAUUGUUGGAACAUAUGGCUACAUCUCACCGGAAUAUGCAGCCCGAGGGCUCUACUCAGUAAAGUCUGAUGUCUUUAGCUUUGGCGUAUUGGUAUUGGAGAUUGUAACUGGGAAGAGGAAUACAAAAUUUUGUCAUCCAGAUAGUGAUGUCAACCUUGUUGGACAUGUAAGCAUUAGAAGUUGCAAAAAAUUUUAAGUUCACUAGCUAACACAAUUGUACUUGUAUGUAGGCUUGGAAUCUGCAUAGAGAGUGUAGGUCAAUUGAUUUAGUAGAGCCUCAUCUAAGGGACACACCAUCUCUUUCAGCAUCUGAAGUUCUUCGUUCAAUUCAUGUGGCUCUAUUAUGCGUGCAACAGCGACCAGAAGACAGGCCAAGCAUGUCUUCCGUCAUCCUAAUGUUAAAUAAUGAAGGUGUUUUGCCCCAAUGUAAACAACCAGGUUUUUUCACAGAAGACAAUACCACUUUUUAUGACAAAGCUGAAUCAACAAAUGAGAUUACCAUUACCAGCUUAGUCCCACGCUAGCAAACACCUGACUUUUUUUGUUCGUUUGUUCUAUUGUUAUCCCCGAGUUUGAGCUCUUGAUGCUUUGAUUAUCGAAAUGUAUAUAUCAGUCUGCUCAAGUUGUUCUGCCAAAAAAAUGUACUCACAGUGCUUACAUUUUCUAACUGCACUUAGUUGACAUACCUGCUAAUAUAGCAAUAUGUGACCC